GCGCUGAGCGGGGGAGGGGGGGGUCCGGCUGUGUGGCAGCCCGAGAGGCGGCCGGAGAGAACAGACCCUGUGCGGAGAAGGGCGGCCGGCCAGCCCUUCUGACGCUAAGGGCGACCGCGCGAGACCAGGUUGUUUUUCAUCAUUCAGAACAUUGCCUGAAGCAGGUCCACCAUGCCGUUAGUAACGAGGAACAUCGAGCCAAGGCACCUGUGCCGUCAGACGUUGCCUAGCGUUAGAAGCGAGCUGGAAUGCAUGACCAACAUCACCCUGGCAAAUGUCAUCCGACAGCUGGGCAGCCUGAGUAAAUAUGCCGAGGACAUUUUUGGAGAGCUCUUUACUCAGGCAAAUACUUUUGCCUCUCGGGUAAGCUCCCUUGCUGAGAGGGUCGACCGCCUACAAGUUAAAGUCACUCAGCUGGAUCCCAAGGAAGAAGAAGUAUCACUACAGGGAAUCAACACCCGAAAGGCCUUCAGAAGCUCUACUGUUCAAGACCAGAAGCUCUUUGACAGAAACUCUCUCCCCGUACCUGUUUUGGAAACAUACAAUACCUGUGAUACUCCUCCACCUCUCAACAAUCUUACCCCUUACAGGGAUGAUGGGAAAGAGGCACUCAAAUUCUACACAGACCCUUCGUACUUCUUUGAUCUUUGGAAGGAGAAGAUGCUUCAGGACACCAAGGAUAUCAUGAAAGAGAAGAGGAAGCAUAGGAAAGAAAAAAAAGAUAAUCCAAAUCGAGGAAAUGUAAACCCACGUAAAAUCAAGACACGUAAGGAAGAGUGGGAGAAAAUGAAGAUGGGUCAAGAAUUUGUGGAAUCCAAAGAAAAGCCUUCUCGGUAUCCACCCACCUUGGUGUACCAGAAUGGCAGCAUUGGCUCUGUUGAGAACGUGGAUGCAGGCAACUACCCACCACCACCACAGUCAGACUCCAUUUCUCCACCUUCUCCUUCCUUCUCUGAGGACAACUUGCCUCCCCCACCAGCAGAAUUCAGCUACCCGGCAGACAGUAACCAAAGAGGGGCUGGCGUAGCUGGACUCAAAAGGUCCAGUGUGGUCAGCCCAAGCCACCCACCACCAGCUCCUCCUCUGGGCUCUGCACCAGGCCCCAAACCCGGGUUUGCUCCACCACCUGCCCCUCCGCCUCCACCUCCGAUGAUAAACACUCCACCCCCACCCCCACCUGGAGGAUUUGGGUCUCCAGCGACCCCGCCACCACCUUCACCCCCAUCUUUCCCGCCUCACCCCGAUUUUGCUGCCCCUCCACCUCCUCCCCCACCGCCGGCAGUUGACUACUCAACUCUGCCACCACCUCCCUUGUCCCAGCCAACAGGAGGCGCACCUCCGCCCCCGCCCCCGCCCCCUCCUCCAGGGCCCCCUCCACCCCCUUUCAGUGGUGCAGAUGGCCAGCUGGCUGCACCUCCUCCGCCACUAUCUGACACCACCAAGCCCAAGUCCUCCUUGCCUCCUGUGAGCGAUGCCCGCAGCGACUUGCUUUCAGCCAUCCGUCAAGGCUUUCAGCUGCGCAGGGUUGAGGAGCAGCGGGAGCAAGAGAAGCGGGAUGUUGUGGGCAACGAUGUGGCCACCAUCCUGUCGCGUCGCAUUGCUGUGGAGUACAGCGACUCGGAAGACGACUCCUCUGAGUUUGAUGAAGACGAAUGGUCGGAUUAACUCUUCUGCCUGCCGCCUACUUCCUUUUUCUUUCUUUCCUACCUGCCUUCUUUGAUACCUACCCCAACAGUCCCAAGGGGAAGAAAAGGGAGGAAGAAAAGAAUUUCAAGGGGCCAGAGCCUUCCCUGAAGCAACCAAAGAUAUAUCCCAAGUGCUUCCUCCAAAUCACCAUGUGUUUCCCGUCUCCCCAGGGUCAGGCCCCAUGGGGCUGCUGAGGUUCUGUAGCUGGGAUGUUCCCUGUCCCCUUCAAGUGACUGUUGCCGACUGAAGAGAAGGAACGACCCCAAGCACACUCCUUUGAUUGGGUUUAAAUUGGAGUUGGUGCCUUCCCCCAGGAGCCAUUUUCUGUAGUCUUCCAGAAUCCUUGCCCUCAGCUGCUUUGCGUAGUGCCAGCCAUCUUCUGGUCCUGAAGCCUGCUGGCCCCUUUCCCGUGCACUGAGAGGGCGGAGCAGCCGCAGGCCCGGUGCCUCACCCCUCUGUCCUCAUCCGCAGGGUGAGGCUGCCUUUUUCUAAGCCUUCUCUGUGUCUAGAUGCCCUUUAUUCUGGGAGCCAUCAAGCCCCUAAAGAAAUGUCUCACCCCUCUCUGCUCAGAAACAGUGCCUUUCUGAAGGCAGGGGUGGCUGCCUCCCUCCCAGGCUUCCUUCCCGGACUGUGCUGUUCCCGUGUCCCUCAAACACCCCUCCCUUGCCACCAGGUGCCUCCAAGCACCACAGCCCGGUUCUAACCUCUAGGAGCCAUGACCAAACUAGCCCUGACACCCAGGGAUCUGGGCCUCUGCCGCGGUUAGGAGCUGAGCAGAGACUCGGGGCUGCAGGACUGGAAGAAGAUGGAAGUCUUUGGGUUGAAUGAUGCUGAAGCCUGGAGAUGGGAAGUGACUUGGCUCAUGUUCACACCAUUGGAUGGGGACAGAGCUCAAGCCCGGAGUUCCUGAUUCCGAGUCCCCUGUGCUUUAUGGGACCAAAUCGUGGGCACCUGCUAGAUUCUGGGCCCUGCGCUGCUCCAGACCUCCCCGCAGAGGGGAGUCCAGUAAAAGGGCGCAGGGCCUGUGCCAGGCCUGUCAGUGCUGCCCAGACCCUCGUGGCCGCGCUUCUCGUCGUGUGCCCCCCUCCUUUCCUGUCACCAGCCCGGCACCUGGCCUUGAGAGCUGCCCUUUUGGGGGACCAGAGUAGUGAGAGGAGGAAGAGGGUAGGCAGUGUGACAGGUGCUGCUUUCAGUUCCUCUGCAUCUCCUCCCCCGUUUGUUUCCCCAGUUUAAGCAUAGGUCCUGCCAACUGUAGAAACUUCAGUCCCUCAGGCUGGCAGCGGCCGCAGGUAGCUGCCUGGGGAGGUGGGGUGGGGAGGCCUGGCAGCUGUGAGGAGGGCUGAGAGGCAGGAUGACUCUGGGUCCUGUUUCCAGCUCCCCUCCUCACUGCACCAUGAUGUUCCCUCCCUCCCUCCUCCCUUUUUCCCUAAGCUAAUACACAGGUGCUAUUCUUGAGAAAAAAGCUGGUCAGCUUUGGCUAGCAGUGAGGUUUCUUCUCUUCUGUUGUGUAGCCUCUUAGGCUGAAACCGGCUUUUCCAGGCUUCUCCAGCUCUCCAAGCCCUGAAACAAAGACAGACAGGAUCUGUCUCCCCCCCAGCACAGCACAUGGUUCUAGUAAUUGCCAAAGCCCUCAUCAGCCCCUCCAGCUCGAGGAGAGCAUGCAGUCAUGGGGACGGAGCCGUUAAGAGGCCAGUGUGCCCGCCUGUCUCCCCAGAUAGGGCAUCUUGGGCGCAGGGCGGGCACCAGGCUCCGGCGCUGAGAGAGCCAGACCGUGUGCACCCCUGCCGUGCCUCCCACAGUGCGCUCUGGAAGCUGAAGGUGCUUUCUUCAGAGCUCUAAAAUGGCUGUUGAAGGUGCCCCCCAGCUGUCACCCAGCAGUGACCAGGGCAGCAGGCAGAGGGCAGCGGUUCUUCCAAAUAGGAGUCCUGGGGCCUGGCUAGGCCAGGCUGGGGUUUGGGCCUAAUGGCUUUGACUGAAUCACCCCCACCCCCCUCCUUUCUGGAAAAGGGGGAGCCAGCACUGUGCUCGUAUCAUCCAGCUCUGACCUUGAAGGGGGCGGUGUUGGCCUGGCUUCUGGAAUGGACAGAGCCUGCCGAGGAAGAGGGCUGGGGGCAGGAGGAGGUGGGGAGGGGCACUGCCUGCGGAAGGUAGGAUUAGAUCAUUAGCUCAGUGACCUCCUAGGGUUUCGAUGUGCUGUGUUCUCAUCCUACAGCUGGUUUGGUAAUGAUCUGCAAGUCCCGGAGAGCUACAGCACAGCUCUGCCUGACGCUCUCAUUAAAAUCUAUGCAGCCAAGCUCGGCGCUUUGUAGCAGCCGGCCUUGCGAAGCUUCCUCAGCUCAGGGGGCUGGGGACCCAGUCAGCCGAGAGGCCCUCUGGGCUCUACUUAUGCAUAUGUGCACCAAAAAAAAAAGCUUCUUUAAACCCAGAGCCCUUUAAGAUGAUAAAGGACCCUGUGCAGGUAAUUGUGUGUCUUUGGAAUCCUGUAAUUGUAGAAUGCCGUUUAGUGAUUAUUUAAACUGGGCUGAGGCUGGUGAGGGUGUGGAGCAAUGGCCCCUGGGGACUCUGAGGGCUGAAGGCAAGGAGCUGCCUCUCUUCCCUGUUCGGCCCAGCCCAGGGGACCUGCCCCCAUUCCUGUGGCCCAGGGGCCCAGCUUCCAGUCGGCAGUGUCAGAAGUGACUUGUGGCUCUGCCUUGGUUGUGAGAUGAGUACAUUCCAAAGGAGCAGCCAUGGGGAGGGGGCAGGCUCAGCGAUCCCUCGGAGGCUCAGAGCAGCUGGCCUGAGCUCCAGCUCGCCUCCAACGGAAGCUCGUGUGCCCCUCAGAAACGACCCUGGCCAAUGUCACCGCAGAGCUGAGGCGGUGUUGUCAGGGCUAAUGUGAAAUCUCUUCCCGUGGCGCCGAUCCUCCGGCUCUGCAGUGCCAGCUCGGACAGAUUGAGGUCUCUGUGGCUUUGGUGACCCUGCUUAAGCAUUCCCACCGUGUCCCAGCUCUGCUCUCUGCCUGCCUCCCACUGCAGCCCCCCCUCACCUGCUUGGGGAGGAGGGCAGUGCCCCAAGGCUAGGGGCUUUCGCUCAGGAGAGUUGUCAGGCUUCCUGGGCUCGUCAGGCUUUGAGCUCUGCCGGGGUCCAGCUGACCUGGGAUACCAGGGGUUGCCCAGAGAUGCACCUCAUCCCGUGCCUCAGGAACGGCUAGGGAGCAAUUUUGUUAUUGUAUUAACUUUACUCAGUUAACUCAUUUGAGAAACUAACCAGUUUUUACUUUCUGUCUAGAAUGAUGUAUGUGUAGGAGAGUGAGCCGUAACGCUCCCAAAGUGCCUUGUUUUCUCUGAUAUAAAUAUAUUUAUAAGGACCUGGUCCAGUGGAUUAUUCUUGGGUGUGUUUGCCACAUGAAGAUGUUAGGGGCUAGGCUUGUAUGUCGUGGGGUACAGUCUGAAGAUGGGACCCCUUCCCCUGAAGAUGGGACAGGAGCUGCAACUGAGAUCUGAGCAGUGGGGCUGAGCCAGACCCCUGAAGUGACCCUUUCCUCUUUCCCCUGCUGCUCUCAGGCCCUUAGAAGAGAAGGACACCCAGUUUUUCAGUCCUAUGCCUCCAAGCUUGGGCUCACGUUAGUCCCUGCCGGGUUCAUGUGUGUAGCACGUUAGCUCCCAAAGUGACCUGAGGAUUCUGUGUAAUUGUUUUAUGUAUACUUGCGAAUACAUAAAUGCCAA